AUGCGACAUAACACAUAUCCUCAUCGUCCUCCCACUUCUUCCCCACUUGCUCGCGGCAUGGGUUCAGAGCAUCCCACGAAAACUUUCACCGCGUCCGGCGGAGAAGUUCACACAACGAUUUACGUAUCAAACCUUCACUGCAGCAGUUGUGUCCAGACUAUACAAGAUGCACUGUGGUCGUUGUCUCCGGCUCCCACAUCCAUUGACGUCUCCGUUGUCACCCAACUCGUCACCGUCAGGCAUCAUCCUGGUCUGUCUCAAUCAGCCAUUGAAGCUGCAAUAAACGAAGCUGGGUUCGAUAUGGCUACCACUUCCGCCGUUACCGUGGACCAGCUGCCACGGUUCCACAGCCUCUCUCGCCUUCCAGCUCUCAUCACCGGCAAGUCACAAAAGCACCUUGAACAAUGUUCACUCUGUCAAGAAGAGUAUCCCUUACAGUGCAGAGUUGGAGGUGGCUCACCCAUCACUCUGACACGCCCUACUUCUGGCGAGAGAACACUUGUAGCCGCUUCCGACACUCGAAAAGAGUUAGAGGCACCUUCCGUCCUAAAAAUCUCCCAAGAUGUUUCUGUUGCGCCUUCCUUGGAUCGAGCUUCUGUUUCGUAUGGUGCGAAGUCUAGUGGUAUUCACCAUUUGACACUUUCCGUCGGAGGCAUGACAAGCGCGUCCUGCUCAAAUACCAUUACCGAGCUCUUAUCUAGACUACCUGGGGUUUCUGAUGUCGUUGUCAGUCUUCUUGGGAAUUCUGCCACCGUGACUGUAGAACAAUCGGACUUUGCUCCUACCGUCGUAGAGACCAUCGAGGAUGCCGGUUACGAGGCGGAAGUGGUCAACAUGGAGCCCGUCUUCGUUGCCCCUGGACCGCGGGAUGUAUCUCCAUCUGAUACCUGUGGGGCUCAGCGCGUCAUACUUUCUGUGGGCGGUAUGACCUGCGCUUCCUGUUUCAACACCGUAACCGAUGUGAUGUCUGCGAUCCCUGGUGUCUCCGACGUUGUUGUCAAUCUGCUCGGAGGGUCCGCCAUUGCCGUGGUAGACAGCAAGGACCUUGCUGCAGGGAUUGUCGAGGCUAUCGAAGAUGCAGGCUACGAGGCGGAGGUCAUUAGCACCGAAGCCAUUGAAUUCACACAGGGCGAGAAUGACGAAGAGACGAGUGGGCCCCGCACUGUCUCCUUGCGAGUCGAUGGGAUGUUCUGCUAUCAUUGCCCAGGCAAGGUCAUGUCUGCACUCUCGUCCUUCGAGAACCGUAUCGUUGUUCUGAAGGCCGUCACUUCCUAUACCGAUCCCAUCCUUCAAUUCUCCUAUAUUCCAGACCCGCCGUCAUUCACUCUCCGGACUCUCGCACGAGCUGUAUCCAAUUCUUCCUUGGGAACGCCAUUCACUGUCUCUGUGCACCACCCGCCAACGGUGGAGGCACGCGCACGCCAAAUGCAGCAGUACGAGCAGCUCCACCUGCUGCAGCGCCUUAUCUUUGCCGUCGUCGUCGCCAUUCCUACGUUUAUAAUUGGGAUUGUCUACAUGAGCCUGGUGCCUUCGACCAACAAGACGCGGAUGUGGUUUGAGCGGCCGAUGUGGACGGGAAACGUGUCCAGGGCACAAUGGGCGAUGUUCUUCCAAGCAACACCUGUAAUGUUCUAUAGUGCAGGCACGUUCCAUCGCAGAAGCCUGAAGGAGAUAUGGGCCCUGUGGAGAAGAGGGAGCAGAACUCCGAUUUGGCGGCGUUUCGUGAGAUUCGGAAGCAUGAACCUACUCGUUUCCACCGGUGUGUCGGUCGCGUACUUUGCAUCUAUAGCGCUCUUGGCUUUGGCUGCGACACGCCCGAGGUCGUCCUCUGGCCCGGGUGACACGACGACAUACUUCGACUCCGUCGUCUUCCUGACAAUGUUCCUUUUGGCUGGACGAUUCCUGGAGGCAUACAGCAAGGGUCGUACGGCUGAUGCGAUCACUGCCCUUGGAAAGCUGCGCCCAACAUCGGCUCUUGUCUUUGAAGAUGCGUCUACCGUCACGUCCACUGAGACUUCCUCUUACGCCGAAAACCGCGACUUGGACAUCGAGAAGGGUGACCCCUCCCGCCAAGAGAAGGCCUUCUCAACAAGCAGAUCCGGCACGAAGCUCGAGCGAGUAGACGUCGACUUCCUCGAGAUUGGAGACAUUGUACGAGUGCAACAUGGAGCAAGUCCCCCUGCUGAUGGGACUGUAGUGGCAGGUGAGGGUGCGUUCGACGAAAGCUCUCUCACCGGUGAAUCGCGUCUCGUAAAGAAGAUGUCGGGUGAUCCGGUAUUCCUCGGCACCAUCAGCACGAGAGGGAUGGUGGAUGUAAGAGUAGAUGCCAUCGGCGGUGAGACAAUGUUAGAUCGUGUCGUCAAGGUUGUCCGCGAAGGACAAACGCACCGCGCGCCCAUUGAACGAGUGGCCGAUCUACUCACGGGAUAUUUCGUUCCCGUAGUGACUUUACUUGCAAUAAUAACAUGGGUAGUCUGGCUCGGUUUGGGCCUGGGUGGCGCACUUCCUCAGGACUAUCUCGACAUCGACGUGGGUGGAUGGACCGUGUGGUCGCUCGAGUUCGCCAUUGCUGUCUUCGUAGUCGCCUGUCCCUGUGGGAUCGGCCUCGCUGCUCCCACUGCACUGCUAGUAGGCUCUGGCCUCGCCGCGAAGUUCGGUAUCUUGGCACGUGGCGGAGGGGAAGCAUUCCAGGAGGCUGCCCAAUUGGACACCAUUGUCUUUGACAAGACCGGCACCCUGACGGAAGGUGGUGAACCGCGGGUUACUGAUGCUGAGAUCGCCGACACACGUUGGUCCCGCGAAGUCCUGCUCGGCGUAGCAGCCGAAGUGGAAUCCGCGAGCUCGCAUCCAUUGGCGCUGGCUAUACGCCAAUACUGCGCUGAUAAUGAGGCUUUACCCCAAACCGGCUCAGCAUUUGAAGAAACUCCUGGCAGGGGUCUCAAGGCUCUGUUCGAAGCUCUUCACAGUACGGCGAUCAUUGGGAAUGAAGAGUGGAUGACUGCGCAUGGCCUCUCGAUUGAUGGCAAGAUUGCAAAUAGCUUGGAUCGCUGGAAGUCGGAGGGCAAGAGCGUUGUCCUACUGGCCUUGCGCCACUCGAAGGCAGGGGAGACGCCAUUCAUGUUGUCUGCGAUUUUUGCUGUGGCAGAUCCUCUCAGACCAGAAGCAAAAGGCGUGAUUGCGCAUCUGCACUCACAGGAUAUCGGAACCUGGAUGAUAUCGGGGGAUAAUAUUGUCACCGCGAAGGCAGUCGCUCGAUCUGUAGGCAUUUCCGAGACCAACGUCAUCGCCGGUGUUCUCCCGCACGAGAAGGCGGAGAAGAUCCUGUGGCUACAGCAGGCAGGUAUGAAAAAACGACAAGCUGGUUGGCGCCGCUUCUUGGGGAGGCGGAGGCUGAACGACCGGUGCAUUGUCGCGAUGGUCGGCGACGGUAUCAACGAUGCUCCUGCCUUAGCUGCUGCUGACGUUGGAAUCGCCAUUGGUUCGGGAAGUGAUGUCGCGAUAUCCACUGCGUCAUUCAUUCUGGUGUCAUCAAAUCUCCGAAGUUUGUUGACUCUGACCGAUUUAUCUCGGAAAGUCUUCAACCGAGUAAAAUUCAACUUCCUCUGGGCCACAAUUUACAACUUCGUUGCCGUGCCCAUUGCAGCUGGCGUAAUAUACCCCGCAGGCCAUGCUCGGCUCUCGCCUGUGUGGGCUUCCCUGGCCAUGGCGUUGUCGUCCGUAUCCGUAGUCUGCAGUUCUCUAAUGCUCAAGUUGUACAGGGAGCCUUCGCCGCAAGCAAAACAACGGGAAGAUUCUCUCAGAAGUGACGAUAUGUAG